AUGUGGUCAUCAAUUGCAAGGCAGCACUUUUCGGUAGUAUUACAGAAUCCUCCCACAGCGCCUCCCUCGACCCUCCCACAGUGCCUCCCUCGACCCUCCCUACCCUCCCGGGACCCUCUGCAUCAUAUUCCGGACCUCCUCUCAGGCUGGUUCAAGGAUGAUGGCUCGCUUACCAAAUGCAGACCUCGUACCGUGCCUGACAUGUUACUUCUCUGGGCCUGCUUCAAGAAAGUGGAAAUCUCUAAAGUCCAGUGGUCCGGCACCUGUCAGUUGCAACAGAUUGAUGAGGAUGGGGUGCUUUUCCUCGUGAACCGCAUCAAGUACAUGACUUGUCUCAUGUAUACUAACCCAUCCCUGCAGGACACAUGCCCGCUACCACCAAGCAAUUUGAGGGCACUGCAAAACGGCACAGAAACCCACAAGUCUUUCGAAUUCAACAGCUCGACAUACCACCAAGAUCUUACCAAAGAGCUGAAGGAGAUCUACGACCAGGAGAUUUGGAACUUGAAACCGUGCGGGUGUACGAUCUACCAAUUCUACCUGCCUUCCAUGGAUACAAACAAUUAUUUCUUAGUGAAGGAGCAUUGGUGCAGUUGCGCGAUGUGCAACGCUGUGCAAGAUAUCGGGAGUAUUGAGCAGUCUCUACAUCUUGUUACAUUCGUACGGUGUAAGAUGUGCAAACUGACUAGCGCGCUGCACAAUCUUCAACGGCCGAUACCUGUUGAUUACCCUGCUACAAGUGUGCAUGACCGCAAAUCCUUUGUGUCUGCGAUAUUGCAUGCGCAAGUGUUUCUAGAUGUUUUUGUGUCGGACUUUUAUUCGUCACUUGAUUGGCUGCUUAAGCCUCUCAAGAAUCAAGCAGGCUUCAGCACUUCAGCGCUUCAGCUCCAAGAUGUUGAUCAAGUCCCAGCAUCCUUUGACCCUAUCAUUCCCCUGCUCAAUUUCAAUGAUGAGCACGUUCUCAUCUAUGAUGUGCCCGCAAAGCACACCGAUUGGUCUAGCCGCUGUCAUGGUCUGGAUGACAUGCUUGGCAACCACGCACAACCACACCCUCUGGUGCCCUCCAACAUGCUAACACCAACACUGGGGCUAUGGACCCCGAUGCUUGCCAAUUGUGUGAAGGACCUCGAUGCACUGCCUCCCAUGACUCCAUUGAGCACUACUGCUCCCAUAACAUCAGGAAGCCCAAUUGCAAGGAUGCAUACAGACAGUGUCGUGAUGGAGCACGCCAACAUGGCUCCUUCAUAUAGAGACAAUAAUGGUUCAUCAAUCACUGACCAACAACUUUGCAUCAGUGUGCAAAUCUUCCAGUCUAUCAUUAUGGGUACCAUGUUCUUCAAGCUGCCUGAUGCAACCCCUGGUUACUUUUAUCGUGGUGGUGUCCUGUUCUUAAAUCCCGGCUCUUUUCGCUUAGCGUCCAAUUAUGGUUCUGCAGCUGGCUUAGCAAGGAUUAGUAUGCUCUUUCAUUCAUGCGCUCGCAAAGGACCAGGGUCUCGAUACUAUUUAGCACUGUCCUCAGUCAGGUCCAUCUGCUGUUUGAGUGUUCUUUAUCAAAAUGCCCGCAAUCUUCCUCACACGGAUGCCUGCAACAUCGCUCACGCAGAUGCCCGCUACAUCGCUCACGCGGACGCCCUCAAGCUACUAUCUCUUCUUUCCAACAGCGCUUUCCUCACCUCGAAGCAUCACUCUGGGGCUUCUAAUAUUUGGGAUCCGAGGUUCACUUUGCUGCGUCACUCUCACUCCUAA